CAAAACAAAAUCUCCUCCGUACCCCGUUUCCCUCGCUCUCUCUCUCUCCGCUUCCGUUCCAGUUCUUUCUCCCUUCUCCUGAAAGGAAGAUAACGACGGAACCAAUUCUUCUGCGUUUUGCAUUCCAUUCACCUUCAACCUAUUGCUUCUUUUUUCCAUGAUCUCGGAGUUCGCCUGGAACUGUAACGAGAUCAACCGGAGGAGGAACCAAUUCACGGGAGCUAACACUUGUUUUCUUGUUUCUCUUAAUGGAAGUUCCCAAUCCUAUCGCUUCCUGCUCCCGAGAGCAGCAGAAGAUCUAUCAGGAGUGGUUUGAUUACGCCGAUUCUGAUGGAGACGGGCGUAUCACAGGGAAUGAUGCUAUUAAGUUCUUUUCCAUGUCUAGCUUGUCUCGGCAAGAUCUCAAGCAGGUGUGGGCAAUUGCAGAUUCCAAGCGGCAAGGAUAUCUUGGGUUCACCGAGUUUAUUACUGCAAUGCAGCUUGUUUCUUUGGCGCAAUCUAGAGGGGAAGUAACUCAUGAUGCAUUGACUUCUUGCAGCCAAGAUGAAUUAAUGAGUCUGAGUCUUCCUAAAAUGGAAGAACUAGAUGUCAUAUUAGCUAAGAGAGCCCGUAAACAGAAAUCAAAUGACCACGAGACAAACGGUACUUCUAAAUGGCAAUCCCCUGCUUUAGCUAAUUGGUUUUCAGCGAAGUCAUCUAAAAAAGUACCUCUUUCUUCCGUUACAUCAAUCAUUGAUGGUUUGAAGAGACUGUACAUUCAGAAGCUGAAGCCCUUAGAAGUUACUUAUCGGUUUAAUGAUUUUGUUUCUCCAUUACUGACAAAUAGUGACUUUGAUGCUAAACCAAUGGUUAUGCUUUUGGGUCAAUACUCGACUGGCAAAACGACGUUUAUCAAGCAUAUGCUGAGAAGCAGUUAUCCAGGAGCCCAUAUUGGACCAGAACCUACAACUGACAGAUUUGUUGUUGUUAUGUCUGGACCUGAUGAAAGAAGCAUUCCUGGAAAUACAGUUGCCGUCCAAGCAGACAUGCCAUUUAAUGGGCUCACAACAUUUGGAACUUCUUUUCUAUCAAAAUUUGAGUGUUCACAAAUGCCACAUGCUCUGCUAGAACAUUUUACGUUUGUGGAUACUCCUGGAGUUUUGUCCGGAGAAAAGCAACGAACACAGCGAGCUUAUGAGUUUACAGCUGUAACAUCGUGGUUUGCUGCAAAGUCCGAUCUUAUUCUACUUUUAUUUGAUCCCCAUAAACUUGAUAUUAGUGAUGAAUUCAAGCGGGUCAUAGCAUCAUUACGUGGGCAUGAUGACAAGAUUCGAGUAGUAUUGAAUAAGGCAGACCAAGUGGACACGCAACAAUUGAUGAGGGUUUAUGGAGCAUUAAUGUGGUCGCUUGGGAAAGUUCUGAAUACACCUGAGGUUGUUCGCGUUUAUAUUGGGUCCUUUAAUGACCAACCAGUUAACGAAGCUGCUACGGGUCCGCUUGGGAAAGAUCUCUUUGAAAAAGAACAGGAAGAUCUUCUUUCUGAUUUGAAGGAUAUUCCGAAGAAGGCCUGUGAUCGAAAAAUAAAUGAAUUUGUCAAACGUGCAAGAGCUGCUAAAAUUCAUGCCUACAUCAUAAGUCAUCUUAGGAAGGAGAUGCCUACCAUUAUGGGCAAAGCCAAAACCCAACAGCGAUUGCUCGAUAAUUUGGCCGAUGAAUUCGGGAAGGUACAAAGGGAAUAUCACUUACCCGCUGGAGAUUUCCCGAACGUCGACCAGUUCAAAGAGACAUUGUCUGGUUUCAACUUCGACAGCUUUGAGAAGUUGAAACCAAAAAUGAUUCAGUCUGUGGAUGACAUGUUGGGAUACGACGUCCCAGGACUUUUGAAGAACUUCAAAAAUCCCUAUGACUAAAUGAGACAGUAAAUUCGAGUUUUGAGUUUCAGGUAUACACACGGCUGCUUUAGCAUUCUCAAGGUCUUCUUGAACUUAUUCAUUCUUUAUACUAUUUUCUAUUUAAUAAGAGCUUUGACUUUGGAAAAUUGAAAAUUUUGUAGUUCCUUUCUUGGGAAAUAGGUUCAGUUUUCAUGUAAAUGGUAAUAAUGUCGUGUAUUGAAGUAUUAUAAUAUUAAAUAGUUUGUUCCAUGGGUUA